AUGUCGGCACAAGCAUCAAGCACACCACCACACGACAUGUCCAAAAAAGAUCAGAUGCCCAGGACGCCGCGCGCAUACGACAUUCUCAAGUUUCUGCAGCUCAUCAUCUCCGCCAUCGUGUGGUUCCCACUCAUCAUCAUGUUGAUCAACGAUCCACACAUGCCUUUGGCCAUCAUCGGUUGCCUUGCCGCCCUGUUGACCGUUCUCAGCGGCAUUUUCUUCAUACUCACCAUGCCCUGGCCGAGGAAUUUCUUGCUCGCGCUCUUCAUCACUGAUGUGCUCGCCACCAUCUUCUGGUUCGCCACCUGGGUCAUGCUCGCCGCUGCCAUUGCGCUGGCGGUGCAUGGUCGCGGACCGCUUCUGGCGGAGCGCGUCUUGCACCUCCUCGGUACGCUCGCCCCAUGGAUCAUGGCCGCACUUGCCUUGUCGGUGCUCAACUGGCUCCUCUUCUCCGCCGGCCUCUUUCUCCUGUUGAAGACGUUGAUGGACCUUCGCAAGAACGGAGGAGCGACCACGACAGUCUCCACGAAAGAGCAACCGCAGGACACGCAGCCGGCGGCAGCGACGGAGCAGCCAGCAACGACAACGACCACGACCACCACGUGA